GAAGGACGUGGAGUUACAAGCUCUCGUAAAAUCUGCCAACAGAGUCUCAGAAGCGUGUAUAUUUUCUCAACACCGACCGGUUUCGUGAUAUUGAGAGACAAAGACUAUCCGAAUAUUCUGCUAACCAGCAUGGGUCGAGUCACUGAUUGGAUUGUGUCAUCCUUGCAGUCAUGUAUAUCGUGUGUAUCUGUCAAUGAUGGAGACGCCAGACCGGCAAAAGCCAAGAAGAGAAAGCCACGGAAAUUCCGGAUGAUGAAAUCUGCUGCUGUCUCGCCACACCACGAUUAUCCUAAAGAUAAAACAACUGCCAAAGCUGAUGUCAGCAGAACGCAUGCAGGAGAUUUCCCUUGUACUAAGGGGAGACCACUCCCAAUGCCUUUCACCUCUGGAUGUAAACGAAACAAAGUGGAACCUACCAAGGCUAACAAGAAAAUAAAGGGAGCUCACCCAUGCAAAUGUUGCGUGAACACACAGCACGACCCAUACAAGAUCAAACUGCGUUUGUCUUCCAAACUUCACCAACAUAAUGUCGAUGAGCGCGUGUGUACCACCGCUGGAGAUAAAGACGUGGUGAUGAAGAACAUUGACCAGGAGGUUCGGGAGAAAGUUGACAGAAUGUUCGGAAAGUCAGAAACAACCAGGAAAUACACGAAUAGAUCAAACGGCAGCGUAGCAGCAAGAAAGACAAAGAAGCGUGGACUCCAGGCUAAGCCGAUGGAAUCAAACAAUGUGCCAGGACAUGUUAGAAUCGAAAACCUACCACUCAGGAAGAAUGGCACUGAAGACACGGAAGAGGUGCCAUCCACUGACAGUGUAUCUACGAAGGAUAAAAUGUCCCCAUCAGCUGUAACGGGUGGAAACAACACUGAUGGCUAUUGCAGUCAUGAUGAUGAUGACGAUGUCGUCAUUGGCAACCCAACACCUGUGCCAUAUUCUUACAAACUGAACUACAGUAUACCAGUAUACCCAGAUGAUCAUGAUGAUGAUUACGAUAUCGUCAUUGGCAACCCAACACCCGUGCCAUAUUCUUACAAACUGAACUACAGUAUACCAGUAUACCCAGAUGAUCAUGAUGAUGAUGACGAUAUCGUCAUUGGAAACUGAACGCUAAUGCCAUGUUCUUAUAUACAGAAGUGCAAUGUACCUUCAAACCAAGAUGGUCAUGGUUAAUGUUUUAAGAAUUAAAAGAACGAAGAUUGUAUUUUGUCACGAUUUCGUUUUAGAAAACACGAUUGGAUUUGAUUAUUAUAAAUAAUGAUGGCUACAGAAAUGAAGAAUGCAGUAUCUAUACUGUUCCUGGUAUCUUGUC